CCCUUAUUUGAUAUCAGAUAGCCCAAUGGAGCCUUCUGAGGAACCUAGUCAGAUUAACAAAGAUAACUUUUUAGAAGUUCCUAAUUUAUCUGAUUCUCUUUCUGAAGAUGAAGACAUUAAAGCUACCUUCAAACCUGGUUUCUCCCCUCAACCUAGUAGACGAGGUUCUGAUUCUUCUGAAGAUAUGUACUUGGACACUCCAUCCUCAGGUACGAGAAGAGUAUCAUUUGCUGAUGCCUUUGGAUUCAAUCUUGUAUCUGUCAAAGAAUUUGAUUGCUGGGAUUUACCGAGUAUUUCCACCAAUUUUGACUUAAGAAAGGACAUUUUCCACACAGAAGAAUAUGUUUUAUCUCCACUAUUUGAUUUGCCUUCUUCAAAAGAAGAUCUUAUGCAACAACUUCAAGGACAGAAAGCGAUACUGGAGUCAGCCGAGUAUCUUCCCAGGUCUACAUGUAUGAAGGGAAUUAUUCGAGUUUUAAAUAUUUCUUUUGAGAAGUUAGUGUAUGUGAGAAUGUCCUUAGAUGACUGGCAGACACAUUAUGACAUUUUAGCAGAAUAUGUCCCGAAUUCAUGUGAUGGUGAAACUGACCAAUUCUCUUUUAAAAUUACAUUGGUUCCUCCUUAUCAGAAAGAUGGCAGUAAAGUUGAGUUUUGUAUACGUUAUGAAACGUCUCUUGGUACAUUUUGGUCAAAUAAUAAUGGCACAAAUUAUAUAUUGGUUUGUCAAAAGAAAGAACAAGAGCUGAAGCCUAUAAAACCUCGGGAAGAAGUUCCUAAUAGACAAAUAAAAGGCUGCUUAAAGGUAAAAUCAAGUAAAGAAGAAUCAUCAGUAACAUCAUAUGAGAAUAACUUUGAGAAUUCAAAGAUUACAGAUACCUAUAUCCCCAAAAUUAUUUGUUCUCAUGAGGAGAAGGAAGACUUGGAAACCUGUAAUCAAAAUGUAAAAGAUGCAAACAAGGAACAUGAUGAACAUAAUGAAAAAGAAUUAGAGUUAAUGAUAAAACAACGCUUAAUAAGAAGUACGGUUUCCAGAGAUGAAAAGAAUACAUUUUCAAUGGAUCCAGUCAAUUUUCCAAAUAAAGCUGAGAGGUUAGAGAAGAAGCAUAUCCAUGAUGAAGUACACACUGACUUGUUUAAAAGGACUUUGUCUCCAAGUUUAUCAGCAGAGAGCUCCUUAAAGGGAAAUUUUCCUGGCAAUGAAAAAUAUUCUACAGAAAAAGAGUAUAGUCAUCAACCUUCAGAGGAAAUUACUUCAUGUAUGAGGAAAAGGAAGUCACCAUUGAGAAAUACUAGCAGUGAUGAAUUAGUGCAAUUACAUAUCAGCAACAAAGAAGUAUUGGAUGAUAAUGCUAAUCCAGCCCAAAGGAGAGGCAGAGUGCAAAUAACUUGUCCCUCCUCAGAUCAACUAAUGGCAGACAAUCUUAAUACAAAACAUGAAGGGGGAGUUAAGAAAAUUAAAAUAAAAGAUUGGAAAUGUUUAAAAAGAGAUUUCCAUUCGGAUUUCCAUUCAGAAGAAUCAAUAGAAAAGGAAUCUUCCAAGAAAGAUUAUGGGAAUGGUAAGAAUGAGAAAGAGAAACAAAGAAUACAUUUAGGUGAUAAUGGAAAGCAAAGCAAAAAUUUUCAGUCAAUCUUACAUGACCAAAAAAAGGCAAGACACUCUGAAAUAAGUGUGGAAGGGGUUGGAGCUAGUAACAGAGAACUAACUGUGCUGCUGAGUAAAGAUACCACAACCUCUAACCAGGCAAUCAGAGCAGAUUUGUUUCAUUCACCAAAAAAAAAUCUAAAUUUGGAAGAAGCUGUGCAAACAAUCCCAGAGCCUGAUCUCUUGACUACUAAAGGCACUACUUUAGAAGGGAUGACUGGUCAAGUUCAUUCACCAAGAAAUGGAAAUGUUUUGAGGAAUGAAUAUCUUUUCCAAGUCGGAGAAGGAAAUCUAGAUUGGGUUAAUCCCGAGGAUCAGAAUACGAGCACACAGCAUAAACAAUGUCAGAAUUUUCUGGAAAUUCAGGGAAAAGUAAGAGAAAGUAAGACAAAUAUAACAGAGCAGAUCAAAGAACAAGCAGAUUAUGAAGAUAUAUGGGGGGGAAAAAAUAAUACGAAGAGUUUGAAAGUUACUCCUACAGAAGAAUUGUUUACCUGCCAAGAAACAGUGAGCUGUGAACUGUCUUCUCUAGCUAAUCAUGGUAUUACUGAGAAAGCAGAAGCAGAUACAGCUUAUAUAAUUAAGACAACAUCAGAAAGUACUCUAGAAAGCAUGUCUGCUAGAGAAAAAGCAGUAAUUGCUAAGCUACCUCAAGAGACAGCACAGAGUGACAGGCCCAUCGAGGUAAAGGAAACUGCAUUUGAUCCACAUGAAGGGAGAAAUGAUGAUUCACAUUAUACCCUUUGUCAAGGAGAUACAGUAGGUGUAAUCUGUGACAAUGAUUUUGAAAAGAAAUCAUGUUUAGGCAUUUGUAAUGUACAUGCAGAUGAAAUGAAAAAGAAAGAAACCAUAUCUGUGUACAAUCCUGGGAACUUACAUGAUAGGAAGAAACUUCGCAUUGGAGAUAUAACAUCUGCAGAAGAAUCCUUCCAGUUCAUUACAGGCAAUGAAAAAGUAGCCUCAAAUCUGGAUUUGCAUUUCAGAAUGUUGCCAACAGACAAAAAAAUAUUUCCAGAAAAUAGAGAUCAUGGGCAGGUCCAAGAAUUAUCAAAGGAAACGAGUAUAGAUGGCAUUACUCAUUCUGCUUUAAACGCAGACACUAAUAGAGUUCCUGGGAAUGGCUCCCAUGUUUCCGAUCACCAUGCUAAAACUCCAGUAUCAUCUUAUGAACAGUCAAUUGCUGUAGAGAAUUCAAUUGCUACCAUGAUCCUUCAAUCUAUCCCUACUAAAUCAGGAUAUAAUUAUAAUCCAGCAAGUGACAUCCAGGGUAUUGAGAAGAACCCAUAUUCUGGGUCUAUACUUGAAGAAGUUCCCAAAAGUUCAGGUAGUAGGAGAGAAAGAUGUAUAGGCCAGAUUUUCCAACAAGAAGAAAGCAAUGUAGAAAAAUCUCUAGGGCCAACAAUUUUAAUCAGUGAAGCUAUUGAGAACAUGGAUAAAAAUGAAGAAUUAAUAAACUCUGGACAAUCACUGUGCUUCUCAGGUGACAAGGAAUCCGAGAACUCUGCUACUGCUAAUCUCUCUGCCCAAGAAAGUCAAGCUCAAAGCAGUGAAUCUCUGCUUUUGAAAUAUGCCAACUCUAAAAUACCUUAUUUUCUUUUGUUUCUGAUAUUUCUUAUAACCAUCUAUCAGUAUGACUUAAUGAUUGGAUUGGCAUUCUAUCUUUUUUCAUUGUACUGGCUAUCCUGGGAAGGGGGGAGACAAAAAGAGUCUGUCAAAAAGAAGUAA